AUGAAAGGAUUUUUCAGCAAAAAGAAAAAAAAUCGGGCUGAUUCUCCUGAGCCUUUACCUGCAUCACCCAAAGUAAGUCAGCCCCGAUGCUCAAUGAUGCCAUCAUCACUAGCACCUAUCAAUACAGAUGAUUUAAACCCAUCAAUGCCUCCAAACCCUUCGCCAACUGCAACUAAUCCUCGAUUAUCUUUAAUUCCAAAUUCUUUUCCAUCAUUAGAGGUUGAUAACAGUAUCCUUGCUUCCCAUAAUUUUCCUAUAUUAUUACCCUAAAUUAUCUCUAAAUCAUUAUACAGAAAAACAUAAUAUCAAAUCUUUGAAAGAAAAAAUUUCUGACUAUGAUAAAGAAAUCACCAAAUUAUCCAAAGAUAUAGAAAAUUCCAAAGGAUCCUUAAAAUCCUCUUACCAAAAGCGCCUCAAAGAAAAAAAAUCUCAGCGCCUUGUAUACGAAAAACAAAUGGACACUCUAAUUACAAAGCAAUUUUCUUUGGAGCAGAAAACUUUCGACUUAGGAAUCAAAGGACUUGUAAAGCAAGCAUUAGGUAUGAGGAUUAUUUUGGAUAGGAAUAAAAAAGAAGAAGAGCAAAAAGCUCUCGAAAUUUUAGAAGAAACGAAAAAUGUGAUAGAAGAAGUAGAAGAAAUCAAGGAUGAGCUGGCAAGCUAUAAAGUCGAUGUAGAAGAAGACCAGCUGGAUAUGGAGCUUGAAGAUAUGUAUGAAGAAGUGAAUAAGGAGCCUGAGAAAAAAACAGAACCGCCUUGGUAUUUGAACAAAAGUGAAAUUAAAAAUGUAAAAGUUGUUACGGAAUUAUAA